CUACCUACAUUGGCAGCUCAUUACAGCCUCGUUAUCGCGGGCCAUCUUUGUUAUCCCGGAACAGUGGAGUGUUUUGCCUAAAAUCGUCAGCUGUCCUGCUUUCAUGCGGCUCCAUUCAGAUGUCUAGCCAUUUUGUUACAGCGGGUUAGCUAGCCACAGAGCUAAAAGCCUUUGUUCCGACUAGCAGAUCGAUAAUGUUAGCUUUUAGCCAGAGAAGGAAUAUGAAAUGUAGCUGGACUGUCCCGCAGCAUCGCCAUGAGGAAACGCCACUGUGAACAGUUACAGCUCCACAACUGUCAUGGCGGUGUAUUAUAGACAAGAGCCUCAAACCCGCAAACAAUAAUAGGAGAUUGAACACGAUUUAGCUCUUCAUAUUAGUGAAUUACCGAAGCUUGGGGUGUUUCAGUAUUAAAAUGUCCAUUGUUUACCAACAUGACCAUCGCCAUGAAACUGUUGCUUGUUUUAUUUUUGGUUUAAUAAACACGGGUUUGUUUCCUGUUCAUCCAGUGAGAAAUAAACACCAGCUAGCUUAGCGGUAUCACUUUAUUACCUGCAGGUCGCCAUGCAGCAGUGUGAACCCCCGCAGCAGCAGCAGCGCGAGGAAAACCGGAAGUUGGAGGCGCGAGUGAGCGCGGAGGCGGAAACAGGGGACAGCGAGGCGAGUGAUUCUUAUGAGUGUCGGAUCUGCGGUUACAAAACAGCGGAUGUCUGCUCUUUCAGUCAGCAUCUGCACUCUGUCCACCCUGUUACUGCUCUGCCCGGCCCGAGCUCAGAAAAAGAUGAGGAGAGUAAAGGAGCACAAGACCAAACCUCAGAGGCACAGAAGAGCCCACCUGCAGGAAAUUCUGAAUUUUCUGAGGGGUCCAUGUCUUCCUCACCCAUGGACUCAGAAGAGACCAGCAUAAGUGCAUGCAAUGCAGAGAACCAGGUACCAGCAGCAGAGCAAAAAGAGACUGUGAAAAACACACCUGCUGCCAAAGACAGCCAAAGCAUUUCUCCUGCCUCCAUUUUGCCUCAGAGGAAAGCCUCAUCCUCAUCAGAGUCUACAAAAGGAAGCCAAAGCGAGGACGUGGCCUCCUCUGGCACGUCCGGCCUCAACCAGGCGCACUUGGUGUGUCUUCCUCUGGUGUCUGAGGGACUGAAGCUGGUGUGGGUGCGCUCUGAGCAGAUUAAUGAGCUGGAUGCAGUUUCAGAGCUGGUAGAAGCAUUUAAUGCCUUUCCCUACCCCACUGAGCAGGAGGCCAGUGCUCUGGCACGCCGCUGCUCCUUGUCACCCGAGCGCGUCAAAGUGUGGUUUAUGAUGCAGCGCGUCCGCUAUGGAAUCAGCUGGGCAGACGACGAUAUCCGGCAGACGCGGCUUAAGAUGCGGCGUCUGCAAAGAAUGUCGCUCGGGGAGGAAGGUGAAGAAGAAGAAGAAGAGGAUUAUUUAGCAGGUGAAGAGAGGACACCUGAGACGCUACAGCAGGGUGUUAAACAGGCGCCAGUGACAGACGUCUAUACGGGUUAUGCACACUACACACCACAACCAGUUUUCUCCCAAUACGAAGCCAAUGACUACAACAGCAGGCAAAACAGCAUCAUUCCUCAGUACAGCAAUGGUCUAGACCCAUUUGUUCAGCAGCAAACUGAAAACCAGCAUGUGGGUGAUUUUCAAAAUGCGUCUGUGGACAAAGACCAUACUCAGUUGCCCAGAGAUCUGAAUCAUUUACCUCCUCACGAGCCCAAGGCUGAGAGUUCCAGCACUUAUCGGUCCCUAUCAAAAUCAGCCGUGGUUUGUGGCCCCCCCAUAACCCAGCAGCGGAAGAAGUCCAAAGCCCAGCUGAUGGCGCUCCGUCGUAGUUUCGUCCAAAAGAACUGGCCGUCUGAGAUUGAGGUGCAGCGGCUACAGCGUGUCACCGGGCUCGGACGGCACGAGAUCCGGAAGUGGUUCGCUGACAGUCGCUACCAGCUUCGCAGGAGCGGUCGGUCCUGGCUGGCUGAACUGAGCAAGCCGAAUCAAUCACCAGAGCCCCCGGGUAGAUUUCAACAACAACUGAACAGCGAUGAGUUUCAGGAGGAUGGCGAGGCCUCAGGGGCGGGGCUUGACUUUGAGUUUGAUGUGGACAUGGAUGAUCAACAGGGCCUUGUAGAAGAUGGAGUCAGCGAAUCGGAGACGAGGAAAGAGGAACAGAGUGAAGAGCCGUCACGCAAAGGCAGCCAAGCUUCCGUUAAACAGGAGCGGCGGGAGAUCGCUAUUGUCCCUUCUCCGUCUCCUGCCUCCUCUUCUCCGUCUCCGUCACUCCUGCAAGGCUGGAACCCCAGCAUGGGUCCCGAACCCAACCUCCGGAAGAAGACAUGGGAGCAGUUGAACAUGCUAAGGCAGAGCUUCCUGCAUUGUCAGUGGCCCACCAGCGAAGACUACACACUCUUGCAGCAGAAGACAGGCCUGACGCGGACUGAGAUUGUGCAGUGGUACGGAGACACGCGCUACCACAUUAAACACUCCAACCUGCGCUGGAUUCACCCGGACGACAGAGAGCGUGUACGCACAGGUGUCCUGAAGCAGCAGAAGAGAGCAGGGAAGGGCCCCAGGAGCAGGAGAUGGACACAGAGCACAGAUUCCAGCUUCAGGUUUAGGGAGCCGCAACCCAGUAACGGGACAGGUGGGAGUGAGGCGAAGUCAUGGGACGAAUUAUACAAGACAGCUUCCUCAGUACUGCCCGGGGGUGAACUUUGACCCUGGGGAAUUUUUAGAUUAAAUGUUAAAGAGUAUUUAGAAUAGCAGGAAAGUAGAGGCUGGACUCUACAUUGCUGCCAAAUGCUGUAUUUCAUAAAGAAGUGUUUUUUUGUUUUGUUUGUUUUGUUUUGUCUUAUUUUGUUUUCUGUCUCAUGUUCUCAUGUCCAGUGUUUCUCACCACUAAUGGAUUGUUGCAUUGAUAUAAUCCAGUGCCUCGUCAGGACCUUUAAUACACAACAUAUUUAUGUAUUUAGUUUUGUCUAUCUGAGCAGUUUCAUUUAAGCUGAAAUUAUUUAUGAUAACACUAAAAACAAAACAAAACAAAAAAAAGCAAAGGAAGAUAUUCAGAGCGAUUAGCAGAAUACAAGCACUGGGUGAAACUGCUGUUUUCAUGUGUAGCAUUUCAGUGUUCAACAGGAU